ACUUACAAAUGUGUGGCGCAUGCGCGCAAAAUUCGUCAUGGUAGCGCGAGAAAAUUCGUCUGCAAAGUAGCGUUAAAGAACAGUGUAGUGUCAACAAACUUUUACGUUAUUUACACAAUCUAACAAGUUAAAAAAUACCACAAUCAUUAGCCACGUCAACAAUGUCCGCUUACGAUCCACUUCAAACCAAUCGAAGGUUAUGGAACGAUCCUGACAACAUCCUGAACGACAGUCUUGCGGCUACUGUGAUGAUGCACCACGACCUCGUAUAUCACGAUGAUUGGAAGGCUGUCGUACGCCGUGAUUGCGAUAAAUUGAAGAAAAAAGUUAGAAUAAUUAGUGGAGGUGCUGUGAUCGAUGGACCCAUGUACACAGGUUUCAUAGGUCGAGGGAUGCUCACAGCUGCUGUCCUUGGAUUGGAUGGUAGUACGACAUCCAUACCAACUACUGAUACUAUAGUAAAAGUUGUAGAACAUUGUGUAAAGAAUGAUAAAGAAGCAGGAGUUUUACUUCUUAUACACGACUGUGCAGAGUACUUUUUAAAUUUUCUGCAAGCAAAAAAGAAAGCAGAGGAAAUAGGCAUUCCUGUUCAAAUAAUCCUUGUAAGAGAUGAGAUCAACAGCAAGCUUAGUCCCAAGGUCAUAUCAAGCCCAAGAAGUCCUUCAGGGCUACUAUUGCUUUACAAAGUUGCAGGGGCAAUGUCAGAGGAAGGCAAAAGCUUGGAUGAAAUAUAUAAAACCUGCUAUGAAGUUGUGAAAAAAGGCAGUACUUUCAGUAUUGGAGUUUACAUUGUGGAAGCUGUCGAUGAGCCAGUUCAGAUUGAAAUGGCUAGGGGAGAUAGAAUGACAGAUCAUGAUAUGAAGCGUUUUCCUCAUUGUGAUUUUUCAACAAAGAAAAUUGUUGAAAAUAUUAUUAAUGAAAGUAUUCAUGUCAGUGAUUGUAAAAAAUUCCCAGAAGGAUCAAAGCUUGCUGUAUUAUUAGAUUAUUUUGGAAAAUUCACUGAACUGGAAUCCAAUGUUUUCAUUAAAGAGCUGACACACCAAUUAAGUCAGUACAAACACAAAGUCGAACCAAUUUUUACAGGAGCAUUUCAUACCUCUCUUCAAUCAAAUGGAUUCCAUCUGUCAAUUCUUAAUCUGUCAAGCCACAAGGACUUGGAGUAUUAUUUAAAUGCACCAACAUUAGCUUAUUACUGGCCCAAAACUACCAAGUUGAAAGAUAAUGUAAAAACAAAAAGAAAACAAUCUAAAAGUUCUUCAAAGACUGAUAGUUCUAGUUCAAAUUCGAGCAGUUCAAGUUCCGACGACGAUGAGAUUUCUGAAAAGGAAAGAUCAGAGUCUCCAAACGACGGUUUUACGGGAAAAAAUAUUUUCCUAAAAGCAGUCGAGUACGCCUGCGAAGCGGUGAUCGCUUGCGCUAAAAAGAUCGAUAUGUUGGACAAGCCUUCAACUCCCGAAGACAGCAAAAGAUGCGGUACGAGAUUAGCCACUGCAGCCGAAAGCAUAAAAACUUUAAUUCGCGAGAAAGAAUUCUUAGAGAUGAGCUUACCCGAUAUGCUAUUUCGAAUAUCUCUGGUAUUCGAGCAAGAUGAGCAAGAUCCACAAGCUCGAUUGUAUAUGAAAUUUUUCAGUUCCAUUUAUAAAGUAAUAGAUGACCGAUCAGACAGCCAAGAAGAUUUAGACGUCAAAGACUGGAUGUAUGCUUUUGACAAAGCUAUAGACUCCGUCAACAAGGUUGCAAAAGACACGAGGCUUGAAGACGUCUUUCUCGUUGCAAGAGAAGCCUUCGAUGAUGCUUACUUCGACGCCGGUCUCAAUUCCAUCGACGCGAUAGGCGAAGCGGUGCUAAUUGCACAAAAACAGACAUCUCACGUCGUGCCCAAUUCAGGAAAAAUACCCGAAAAGUAUAUGAACGACAAAUACUGCGGGUUUGAUGAACUUGCGGGAGCUCAUGCCGUUGGAGUUUGGAUGAGAGGAGCGUAUGAGGGAAUGAAACUGUUGUAUCGGUUUCACGAAAGGUCUAGUAAUAAACGACCGGCAAGUGAUAACAGUGAGGAUGACGAUGACGCAGGAGCACAAGUAUCGAAAUCUGCUAAAUAUCCUCACGAUGAUAGCAGUUCAUCAUAAAGACUGGUUGUUUUUUUACAUCAUAUAUAUAUUCUUUUUAAAUCUAACCAUUGUAAAUUAUGAGUAGUUGCAAUAAUUUUCUAAAAUAUUCUAUUUUUUUUAGUUUGUUAGCUUUCAAAACACUGUAAAAAGUAAUUAAAUGUUUUUCAAAAUGUAUGUCAAACUGGUUAAUUAACAUCGAAUUUAUAGAUACAUAUAUAUAUAACUAACGUAAAAUAGUUAAUUUUGUAAACAUUUGUUUAAAAUAAUUAUCGAGAUAAAGUCUGAUGCUACCAGAAAUUUUUAUGAGAAUAAAUCUUUAUUACUUCAAA